AUGACCAGUCAUCAGGGCUCCCCGGCCCCUGGAUCAGCGAAGAAACAACUUAUCCUUAACGCAUUCGUGGAAAGCUGUAGUGGCCAUCAAUCUCCAGGGUUGUGGACUCAUCCACGUGACGAGUCUUCGAACUUCAAUCAAAUCGAGCACUGGGUGAAUCUUGCUACUAAGCUCGAGGCGGCCAAAUUUCAUGGGAUUUUUAUUGCCGAUGUUCUGGGUGGUUAUGAUGUCUUCAAUGGAAGUCUAGAUGCCGCAAUCCGGUCGGGAGCGCAAUGGCCAGUCAACGAACCCCUAGCAGUUGUUUCCGCAAUGGCUGCUGCGACCAAAAGCAUCGGUUUCGGCGUCACAGUCUCUACGACGUAUGAACAACCAUAUCAUCUCGCCCGGAGGCUUUCAACUUUGGAUCAUCUUUCAAAUGGACGAUUAGGUUGGAAUAUCGUCACCGGGUACCUCGACUCGGCAGCAAGGAACCUGGGCCACACUGAACAGCCUCGGCACGACAAGCGAUACGAAGUGGCCGAAGAGUACAUGCAAGUCAUGUAUAAGCUGUUCGAAUCCUCAUGGCGAGAUGAUGCUGUCGUGAAAGAUGUUGAAAAGCGCAUCUACACUUUGCCAGAUCGAGUUAGAGAAAUCAAUCACACAGGGAAAUACUUCAAUGUCCCAGGCCCGCACAUCUGCCAACCCAGUCCGCAACGAACACCAUUGCUGCUGCAAGCCGGAACGUCCAGAUCAGGCAAGGAAUUCGCCGCCCAACAUGCUGAGGGUGUUUUUGUCGCAGGACAUAGCCCUUCAGUAGUUGCCAAAAGUAUUGCCGAAACACGGGAGCUGGCCAGCACCAAAUUUGGCCGCAACCCCCAGAGCAUCAAGUUCUUGUCCUUGAUAUGUCCAGUAUUGGGGAGGACUCAGGAGGAAGCGGAAGCAAAGUACAACGAGUAUCGCAGCUAUGCAUCUGUCGAAGGAGCAUUGGCACUAUUGUGUGGUUGGACGGGGAUUGACUUUGGGAAGUAUGGAGAUGAAGAAGAAUUGCGACAGGUAGAGAGUAAUGCGGUCCGGUCUGCCGUCGAGGGUUUCGCCCACUUGGCUCCCGGUGUACCAAAAUGGACAAAAUGGACAGUGGCAGAGCUCAUUACUAUUGGAGGUCUCGGCGCAACCCCCGUUGGUACUCCAGAGCACGUUGCCGACGUUAUGGAACAGUGGGUGGCAGAAGCUGAUGUGGACGGAUUCAACUUGGCAUAUGCGAUUUUCCCGUCUUCCUUCGAGGAUAUUAUCGAACUCUUGCUGCCAGAAUUGAGGAAGAGAGGGCUGUUCUGGUCCGAUUAUACAGUUCCAGGCGGAACAUAUCGUGAGAAUCUAUAUUCCGUCUUGGGUCAACGAGGGCCCCCCGAUGAACAUGUCGCAUCUUCGUAUCGGUGGAAAGCGGGAGUUUCAAAAGAAGACCAUAUUAUUCCCGGAAGUCAGGGUGAGUAG